AUGAAGGAGGAGGUGGAGGUUGAGAUAGAUGUGAAGGUGAAGGUCAAAAUAGAGGUGGACAAGGUGGAGGCUGAGAUGAAGGAGGAGAUGGAGAUGGAGGUUGAGAUAGAUGUGAAGGUGAAGGUCGAAAUAAAGGUGGACAAGGUUGAGGUUGACAUGAAGGAGGAGGUGGAGGUUGAGAUAGAUGUGAAGAUGAAGGUCGAGGUGAACAAGGUGGAGGUCGAGGUGAACAAGGUGGAGGUUGAGAUGAAGGAGGAGGUGGACAUGGAGGUUGAGAUAGAUGGGAAGGUGAAGGUGGAGGUUGAGAUGAAGGUGGAGGUCAAGAUGAAGGUGGAGGUCGAGAUAAAUUUGGAAAUGGAGGUCGAAAUGGUGAUCGAAAUGAAGGUAGAGACCGAGUUAUUUGCUUGGAAUAAGCUUCAAGGUUGGUUGAUGGUAGUAUAA